GCUCGGAGGGGCGGGGCGACUCGCCUUCCCCUCGGGUCACGCGCGUCAGGAAGUCGCUCCCUCAGCGGAGUAAUCGAAAAUGGGGACCUCCCUGGACAUUAAGAUUAAGAGAGCGAACAAGGUUUAUCACGCCGGGGAAGUGCUCUCAGGCGUGGUGGUCAUAUCUGGGAAGGAUUCAAUCCAGCACCAGGGAGUGUCCUUGACAGUGGAGGGGAGUGUGAACCUCCAGCUCAGUGCCAAGAGCGUGGGAGUGUUUGAGGCUUUCUAUAAUUCCGUUAAGCCUAUCCAGAUUAUCAACAGCACCAUCGAAAUGGUGAAGCCAGGGAAAUUUCCCAGCGGCAAAACAGAAAUUCCUUUUGAAUUUCCUCUGCACGUGAAGGGCAACAAAGUUCUGUACGAGACUUACCACGGCGUGUUUGUCAACAUUCAGUACACCCUACGCUGUGACAUGCGGCGGUCUCUGCUGGCCAAGGACUUGACCAAGACCUGCGAAUUCAUCGUUCACUCUGCUCCUCAGAAGGGGAAGUUGACCCCGAGUCCCGUGGACUUCACCAUUACACCUGAAACCCUGCAGAACGUCAAAGAGAGAGCCUUGCUCCCCAAAUUUCUCAUCAGAGGGCACCUCAACUCCACCAACUGUGUCAUCACGCAGCCGCUGACGGGGGAGCUGGUGGUCGAGAGCUCGGAGGCCGCCAUCAAGAGCAUAGAGCUGCAGCUGGUCCGCGUGGAGACCUGCGGGUGUGCAGAAGGCUACGCCCGGGACGCCACGGAGAUUCAGAACAUCCAGAUCGCCGACGGGGAUGUGUGUCGGGGCCUCUCCGUGCCCAUCCACAUGGUGUUCCCCCGGCUCUUCACCUGCCCCACGCUGGAGACCACCAACUUCAAAGUGGAAUUUGAGGUCAACAUCGUCGUGCUGCUUCACGCGGAUCACCUCAUCACGGAGAACUUUCCGCUGAAGCUCUGCAGGGUGUAGCCCGGGAGCAGGCGGUGUGGACGGCCAGCGAGGCCGAGCGGACAUGCCGUGGGUAGGCGGUGCUCACGGGAGCCGAAGCCAGCAGCAUAGGCUUAUUUUCAAGGUGAUUCUGUAUCAGAAAUGAAUCCGACCCCUCAGUACAAUCACUGUUGUUCCUCAUCUCCCCGAGGCUUCCGCUUCCGGUGGGGCACGUCUCAUCAGACCUGGUCCCUACAGUGCAUCAGGACCUCCUAACUGGGGGCGGCGAGAUCGGUUCACAGAAAGCACGAUUUCCUCGGGCUCCCGGCUCACAGGGCCUGUUAAGGAGCAGUAAAACUGUGACCGCGGCAGCACUUGGCUGGGAGGUGAGGGUCUGGGGGCAAAGGGAACCCUCCCCACCUGGCCAGUGGGUGUAGCUGAGGCCCUGGCAGAAAGUGGCUGCGCGGGGACGGUGACAAGCCGACGGUUGUCGAUGACGUCUGUGGGCACCGUCCGAGGAGGGCUGCCGGGCGGCGUCCGCUGGAACCGUGUGGCAUUUUCCAAUCUGUUCUGUAGUUCUCCCACGGCUCUCGCGAUGACUCCAGGACUUGAGGGAACCGGAACAGAGCGUUCCUGGCUGUCACAGGAGGACCUGUUGCUGGUGGGUGGGUUCUGAGUGGCGCGGCCUGCCCCCGAGGUGAAGCCAGCGGGGCUCACGGUGCGCGGAGAGCCUGUUGCAGCGCGUUUCCUCCGUCUGAUCCGGUUGGUCCAUGGUGGCCGCGGCCUCAGGAAUAAGCUGUGAGCUUUACAGGCCACACGGCCUUCCCCGACAGUCCCUGCCUCCGGGCAGCCCUGAGCAAGGUGGCCGGGCCGAUGUCCCUCCUGCGCCCCCACGCCCGGCCGCGUUGCCAUCGCCCUGGGACCGCAUCUGGUGACAUGGGACGCGGAGGGCAAACUGACCUGACUCAGGCCCUGCUUUGUCCCGGGGCUUCACCAGUGAAACCGAUACAACUUACUCACGGGGUCAUUUCUAGUCUGGCUCCCGGAGAAUACGUUCCUCGUCUAUAAAUCUCCUUUUAUGCUCCCCGGA